AUGGCUACAUCUGGAGGGCCAGAGGCGGCAGCGUUCACCCACUUCACCAACCGCGAUUUCGAUCGAGCUGUGGAGGCGCUCCAGAAGGUCCCCCAGCGGCUGCGCGGCGAGGCUCGCAUUCAGCACAAUUUGGCUGUGGCCGCCUUCUACCGAGGGGGCUGCGUGGAAAUUAAGAGGCUAGUCGAUGCGCUGGGGGCACUCGCCACCGCGGCCAACGCCGCAGAGCAUCCCCCCGGGCCUGGCGGCGCCGAAGACGCAGCGGGCGGAUUGGGUCUUGCCACGCUGAGCUACAACCAAGCCGUUCUGUUUUACCAUCUGCGACGCUACUCGGCAUCACUAGAGAUUUUGGAGGGAGGACUCUACCGCAACGUCGAGGCUCUCGACGAGGACCUCGCCUUGCGCGUAUGCCUGCUCCUCGUUGAGGUUCUACUCGUGCUGGGCCAGGGCGCCAAAGCGGCGUCGGUGCUGCUCUUCGUGGAGAAGACCUUCUGUUCGCCCGCUGCUGCCACUCGAUCGGGCGCCUCGACCAGCGACGACUCCACCGCCUCCAACGGCGGCGGCAGCUCAUCGUCGUCCUCGACCACUCCACAACGUGCCUCUUCCGCCGCUUCCUCCUCUUCGGCCGAUCGGCCGCAGCUGUCGCUCAGCCUCGAGCAGCUGCAGUUCGUGGUGCACCUCUACCGCGCCCGGCUCCAGCUGCUCGCCAAGAGCGCCAACGCCACCAAGAAGGAGCUCAAGCAGGCCGGCGAGGCCCUGCUGCUCAUGCAGCAGCAACAGCAGCAAAUCGCCAGCAGCACCAGCGGAACCGCCACGGGUCCAGGCACGGGCGGACCCGCCGGCCAGCUGGCGUUCCUCAAGGCGCACCUCGAGUACACGCGACGCAACUAUCGCAAAUCGCUCAAGCUCCUCAACGCCUCGCAGAAGCGCUUCUCCACCAAUGGCGACAGCAGCACAACGUCUUCGCCAUCGUCGUCGCCACCAUCACCCGACGCGCUGUCGGCGGCCUAUUUCAACAACAUGGGCUGCAUCCACUACCAGACCGCCAAGUACGGCGCGGCGGCGUUCUACCUGGCCAAGGCCGUGCGCGACGACUGGAGCUCGACCACAGAGGGCAGCACGACCGCCCGCACGUCGCGACGAUGCGAGAUGUACUACAACCAGGGCAUCCAGCUGCUCGUCACGGGCAAGCCCGGCGUGGCCUUCCGUUGUCUCCUCCGCGCGGCCGACACGUACCAUCACCAGCCGCGACUGUGGCUCCGGCUGGCCCAGUGCACCAUCGCCACCCACCUGGCCCACGAACGCGACGCCGCCCUGCGACACCAGAAGUCGGACGCCAUCGCGCGCGUCGCCGCCCACGGCGGCGCCAAGCACCGGCAGGUCCUGCUCCCCGACGUCGCCUCGGGCGUGCAGCCGGCGCUCACGCUGCGCUACGGCCUCGAGUGCCUCCGAAACGCGCUGAAGCUGCUGGAGCACAACCCCGAGGCGGCUCCCGCCACUCCCGCGACCACCGUCAGCGGUGGCGGCGCGGCCAAGCCCUCCGCCACCGGCGCUCCUGCUGGUCCUACGGACGCUGCCUCUACCGCGCCGUCCGCCGCCGCCGCAGCGACCGCUGUCGGUGAUUCGGCCGGCCUGUCGGGCGCGCCCGCCGUUGCGUCGACAACGUCGCUCGAGUGCGUGUGCCUGCUCAGCAUGGCCUAUAUUGCGCUCGCGCUCGAGGACCCCGUUGUCGCGCUUGCGGCCGCCGGCGCCGCGCUCAACGUCGGCGCUCGGUCCACCGCCUCGGCGCCCAACGGCACCGCGGCGUCGCCGACGGCGGCCGUCAUCGACGACGAGCACCGGCUGCUGGCCCACCUCUACGCCGCCGAGGCCCUCUGCAUGCUCAAUCGCCCGGCCGAAGCCAUGCAGCACCUGUCGCCCUCGCUCGUGAAGGACCUCCCGGCCAGCCUGCCCGCCGGCUCGUCAUCGUCGUCGUCCACCGGCGGCGGCUCAUCGUCGGCGACGCCGGCCCCGGGCGCCUUCGGCCCGGCGCCACCAACGCAGUUCGGCCUCGCGCCCGCGCUGGCCUCAUCGGCGCGAUACGUGCUCUACGUCAACCUGGCGGCCGCGCACAUACUGCAGGACAAGCUGCCGCAGGCCCAGAAGUGUCUGCUGCACGCCACCGCCAUCCACCCGUCGUCGCCGCACGCGCUCCUCCUGCAGACCUACAUCGAACUCGCGCGCGGGAACACCGCCGCCGCGCUCGACCUCCUCCAGCGCGGCAAGAUCGUGCCGCCCUCCGCCUCGACAGCCAGCGGUGGCGGUGGCGGUUCCAACGCAACCGGCCAGCAACAGCAGGACGCGUCGGGCCGAAGCGGUCCCUCCUUCUCUGCCCAAUCCAACAACAGUAAAUAG